GGGGUGACGUCGCCUCACGUGACGCAGUUUCCCAGCCAGCAGCUGAUACAUCUUGGGGGAAAAAUGGCGGACUCGCCGUCGACUCCGCUGUUAGGAGAGGAGAAAGAGAAGGAGGGCGGGGGUAAAGACCGACUAGGUUUGAAAACGGAAUCGAACACGGAGAGAGAAGAAGCUGCCGAGACGCUGGGCCACAAGGACAAGGGUGACGGCAGCAAGAGCAAGAACAGCAGCCUGUCAGACUUGUCUCUCGCACGCUUUAUAACCACCGAACUAAACAGGGGGUACUUCCUCGAGCAUAAUGAGGCCAAAUACACAGAGCGCAGAGAGAGAGUGUACACGUGCCUCCGCAUCCCGAAGGAGCUGGAGAAGCUGAUGAUUUUUGGCUUCUUCCUCUGUUUGGAUACCUUUCUCUACGUGUUCACUCUGUUGCCCUUGAGGGUGAUCCUGGCUUUGCUUCGGGUCUUCACGGUGCCAUGCUGUGGCCUCAGAGGUUCCCGCUUGCUCCAACCAGCCCAAGUGUGCGACGUGCUGAAAGGCUUUAUUAUGGUGUUGUGCUACUCGAUGAUGAGCUAUGUGGAUUACUCAAUGAUGUAUCACCUCAUCAGGGGACAGUCUGUCAUCAAGCUUUACAUCAUUUACAAUAUGCUGGAGGUGGCGGAUCGCUUGUUCUCAUCCUUUGGCCAAGACAUCUUGGACGCUCUGUACUGGACGGCCACAGAGCCCAAAGAAAGGAAGAGGGCGCACAUUGGAGUGAUCCCUCACUUCCUGAUGGCUGUGCUCUACGUCUUUCUUCAUGCUAUCCUCAUCAUGGUCCAGGCCACAACACUCAAUGUUGCCUUCAACUCCCACAACAAGUCUCUGCUCACAAUAAUGAUGUCAAACAAUUUUGUGGAAAUCAAAGGAAGUGUGUUCAAGAAGUUUGAGAAGAACAACCUUUUCCAGAUGUCUAAUAGUGAUAUAAAGGAGAGGUUUACCAACUAUAUUCUUCUGCUCAUCGUUUGUUUGAGAAACAUGGAGCAGUUUUCAUGGAAUCCCGACCACUUGUGGGUGCUCUUUCCUGACGUGGUCAUGGUGAUCACCUCAGAGGUUGCUGUGGAUGUUGUGAAGCACGCAUUCAUCACGAAAUUCAACGACAUCAGCGCCGACGUGUAUGGAGAAUACAGAGCAAGUCUUGCCUUUGACCUCGUCAGCAGCCGGCAGAAAAAUGCUUACACAGAUUACAGUGACUCAGUAUCCAGAAGAAUGGGCUUCAUCCCUCUUCCUUUGGCUUUGCUGCUGAUCAGAGUGGUGACCAGCUCCGUAAAGAUCCAGGGUUCACUCUCAUUCAUGUGUGUCCUGCUGUUCUACUUGGGGAUGAUCACUCUGAAGGUGCUCAACAGCAUCGUUCUCCUUGGAACAUCUUGUACAUUCGUCAAAGCGGCCAAAAUGGAAGAAAAACUAUUCGACCCUCCUCCUUCUGCUGUCUCCAGCCGAGCAAACUCCAGAGCUAACCGGACCAAACACUGUCAAAUGGCACCACAGCAAGAGCCCACGGCAACUAAAACAAGCGAACCAGAGGCAUCAGACGUUUGUCAGACGACACACUCAACAGAAAAUGCCAACUGUGCUCUCCCCAAAAGUGACUCUGACACAUUUCUAACGACGCCGGACGAAGAGGAUGAUGAGAAAAUCAUAAACUCUGACACAGGACUCGAUGGGGAGGAGCUCAAGCCCAGAACGCCCAAGAAAGACUUGUUGGAGAUUGACCGAUUCACCAUCUGUGGCAACCGGAUAGAUUAAUUGCUUUAGGAGCCACCUGCAGGCACCGUGUCCUGGAACCGCAGCGGGGUCCAGGGAUCAGACGAAGGUCAUGGAGCAUGCACAGACCUGACUCGUUCUUAUGCACCUGACCCUUCAAGUCAUUAUUUAUUUAUUUAUUUAUUACCGAUUAAAAAAAGUAAAAAACCAGCCAAGGCAUAAAGCUGUUACACGUGUGGAAGGAUCUAACCAUUCUGGUUCGGUCCGGAAAGAAACGUGCAGACUCGAGGAUUGGGUCAGAACACCUUUAAAGAACAAGCUACAUGCAAAGACGAACUUAACGUGAUUGUUUUUUUUUUUCUUGAGCAUUACAGCUGGACUGUGUGUACAUGUAUGUGUGUGUUCAAAAGCACAAUUGUAGUUACAGCAGAAGUUGUUUCAAAAGAACAAAACUUGUACUUCUUUUUUUAUUUUUAGAAGUGUUAAAAAACAGGAAAUAUUAUAGAUGGAAGUUUUUCUUAUGAACAGUUUUUCUAAAAUGAUCCAACUCAACACCAAUACACAUUUCAAGAGCUCUUUGCAUUUAAUAGAAGCUAUUUGUGUUUAUUGUUUACAGCAAAGCUCUGAGAAAACUGCCUGUUUGUCAAGGCACUAGAGGAAUAUUAACAUGCUCCAAAAAUUAAAGCAUUUGGGUUUCUUUUAUUUAUUCUCUUGAGAGUAGAUCAUUUGUACAAGUCUUUUAAGAAAACAACCUACCUAGUGUCUUAAGAGAAAAACACACCUGACAGUUUUAAGGUUUUACAAAAUGUAAAUCUGGAUUUCAAAGAAAUUGUUAAACAAACGAGGUUUAUUUGCUACUGAUUGAUCUCUAGUAUAUUGUUUCUUCAUACAGCCUUUUACUUGACCAAAUUUCAAAAUAAAUCUUCCAGAAAUUAUCUGCUGCAGUUUAUAUGGUGUAGGAGAAAGUUAUGUUGUGGCUUUGCACAAAAAUACUUGUCUGUAAAUUGAUUUUGUUUGCUUAUUUUCAAUUAAUUGUCUGACCAAUUAAGUUGUUUAGUCUUCCGUCACAAGGUCUUACAGCUAGCAGAGAUUAGCCAGAUGUUUCCACGUUGUUCCCAUCAGCCCCAAGGACAUUACUCAAGCAGUCUUGCAAGCAUAAUAUGUGCUCUUCAGAACUAUCAACUAGUUUUAACAUUUAAAAUGUUCAGUAGGAACUCUGGAGCUUCUAGUACAGCAGGAGCUCUGAACUCUGAAAGCCCAGAAAUGUGCAAACUUUUACCUUUUAAAGACAAAGUCACAUUUGCAGAUGACUGGCUGUGAUGUGUGCUGCAAAUAUUAAAGAAUGGCGUAAAACAAAAUAUCUUUUUUUUUUUUUUUUUUUUGCUCUCCCUCAAUUAUUGCAUCAGUAUCCGUAUAUGCUUAACUUAUCUGAUCUUUCAAUUGCAGGGUUUUUUUUUUUGUUUUUUUUUAUGCAAAUUAUUUCUUUAAUUUAUAGAUGGGCUUUGAUUACAAAUAGAAAAAUCAAUCACUUGCAAAGCUGUGUUUAUUUAAAAGAUAUGAAGGUUGCAAUUUUUGUUUCCAAGUGAACUUACUGAAGGAAUUUGUAAAAGUUGCUGUUGUGGCUUGUUGGCUGGUUAAAGAAAGUCUUGCUGAUGUCAGUGAGUCUGAUUUAUUGUUAAACUUUGAGAAUCAGUUGAUCAUAGGAAAAUGUAAUGUUUGUUUUUUAGCAUCAUUUUUUAGAAAACUCAAAAGCCUAAAACUACUCUUCUCCAAAAUGGAAAGAACAGUCAAAUUUUUCAUCAUUGAACAAGUGUAUGAGAUCUAGAAAACUGAGAAUAUUGGACAUAAAUUGUUGAAAGUUUUUCCAAAAUUUUGUAUUGUUGACUGUUAAAAAAAUGUUAAUGGGCUUUCUGCUAGAAUUAAAUAUUCUUGUCUAAAAUGACCAGAGUCUGUCAUUUCAAAAGGGAAAUGGACAGGUGCAAAGAGAAUCUUAAAGACCAUGAAUGCUUUCGUUUAUAUAACAGAAUGUAUUAAGUUUGUAAAGUUUUUUGCAGUGUACUGAUGACUUUUGUGUUUACAUGUACAAAUCAGACAUUUUGAUGUUUUUAUUUUUCAUACAUGUCAUUGGUGUGGUGGCUCUCGCUCAAGGUGGGCAAAAAAAUUAAACAAGACUUUUGUUUUGUA